CGCCGAGCUCAGGAUGGAGUUACGGCUGGUCUACCCCUUCGUGGCCCUCCUGGCCGUCUUCCUUGCCAUCGGCGCCUCCUCGGCCGCGCAUACGUCGAACUGGGCGGUGCUGGUGUCUACUUCUCGUUUCUGGUUCAACUACCGUCACCUUGCCAAUGUGCUCUCCCUCUAUCGAACGGUCAAGCGUCUAGGGAUCCCGGACUCCCAGAUCAUCCUCAUGUUACCGGACGAUAUGGCCUGUAACCCCCGAAACGCCUUCCCAGGGACUGUUUACAACAACGCAGAUCGCGCGUUAGACCUGUACGGAGACAAUAUAGAAGUCGAUUACCGUGGAUACGAGGUCACUGUGGAGAGCUUCAUACGCUUGCUGACAGACAGGCUGGGUGAUGAUGUACCGCAGAGCAAGAGGUUAGGUUCAGACGCGGGCAGCAACGUGCUUGUCUAUAUGACCGGACACGGCGGUGAUCAGUUUCUAAAGUUUCAGGACUCAGAGGAGAUCGGGGCGUGGGAUCUGGCCGAUGCAUUUGGACAGAUGUGGGAGAAGAAACGGUACAACGAGCUGCUCUUUAUGAUCGAUACGUGUCAGGCGAACACGAUGUACACACACCUCUAUUCUCCGAAUAUUAUCGCCACGGGGUCAAGCGAGCUGGACCAAUCCUCUUAUUCCCACCAUGCAGAUAGCGAUGUCGGAGUUGCCGUUAUCGAUCGCUGGACAUAUUAUAUUUUGGAAUUCCUCGAAACCCAGGUCACGAGCGCGAACUCGAAACGUACCCUGGGUGACUUGUUCGACUCUUAUGACGAAUCAAAGAUCCAUUCACAGCCUGGCGUGAGGUGGGAUCUAUUCCCCGGUGGCGAAGCUGAGGGUAGGCUGAGAACUGUCAUGGACUUUUUCGGCAACGUUCAAGAAGUGGAAGUGGAAGGAGGCAGUAGUGUGAAUGGCUCUGAGCCUUCGGUCAAAGAGGACCUUGUGGCCAUUGCCAGGUUGGUAGAGCAGUGGAAGGAGAUGGAGAAGGAGUACUUGAAGAAUACCACAAGCUCCGCUACUGUUGAUGAAGAAACAACCACCCCUGCAUCGCAUGUAAGCUCCCCUAUCCACAAGCUAGCUGGGCCGAUGAAAAUGCACGAUACCGAUGACUGGAGCAAGCGAGCCAUCGGUCUCUCACUGCUGCUUGGAAUGGGAGGAGUCUGGUUCGCUGGAUCUCUUAUGGGAAGUUCAUAG